AUGAUUCUUCAUGUUCUCACCACGUCCCUGAUCCAUGCACAACUUUUACUUCGAGCCGCUCUCCAAGCAGGCUUUCGUGAGUCUGGCGCUAUCAACGUCACAUCACAGAGCGAUUUGUCCGCCACCCCCAUUGUCGCCAUCCGCUCCAUGGGACUUGGCUUCGAAUCACUCAUCGGCUAUCAACCAGCAUCCUCUAGCCUGAAACAUCCACUUGUAUCAGCAACUUACCUCCAGACACUGAUGAAUAUCGCAAAUGAGCGUUUUGAAGAAAACGCGAAGCGCAUUGCUAGGUUUCGCAGCGCCUUUGGGGAAAUUGUUCUGGAGCCGAGGGGGGUGAAGCUGAAUCCUGAGGGAUUGGAGUGGGAGGAUGCUGCUACAAGGAAAGAAAGGAUGAAGGCCGAAGGGUUGAGAAGGAAGGUGGCGAUGACGGCUGAAGCCAAGCAGAAGCCUGGAGUGGAGGAAUCAGAGUUGGACUUGUGCGAUACUUGUUUGCGAUGCUAG